UCGCACAGGCGCAUCGGAGGCCGAAGAGGAGGCGGAGCCAGACGACCGGCCGGCUGCUCUGACGAAUCAAAAGCCAGAGAAGAGGAAGCGCGACGCAGAGAAAGUGACCAAGGCAAAGAAAAAGAGAAGUGACAAGCAGAAGGAGAUUAUAGAGAGUGGAACCUCUCAAAGGAAAGAGACAGAGGGCGGAGAGACGGCUAAACCCAAGAAGAAGAGAAAGAAGAAGAAGAAAACGAUUACAGAUGUGCUGGCCACCUCCGAGCCAAAAGCAGGCGGUCCGGCCGACCUCCAGGGCCUGGUCCUGCAGCACUUCUCAGACAAGUGCUCCGUUAUAGAGCUGGAGGAGCGGGAGUUGCCCAGUUCCAGUUUCCUGUCCAGUAACGACUUGACCCACAGCCUGUCGUCUUAUCUGAAGCAGGUUUGUCCAAAGUGGGCAAAGAUCCAAAAGCAGCACAAAGAGACGAGUUCAGCGGUGGUUCUGAUCGUCUGCAGCUCCGCGCUCCGAACCAUCGAGCUCAUGAAGCAGCUGACCGCUUUCAAAGGCGAAGCCAAAGCUGUGAAACUUUUCGCAAAGCACAUCAAGAUCGAGGAGCAGGAGAAGCUGCUGCAGAAGGGCGUCACGCACAUUGGCGUGGGGACGCCGGGCAGGAUCGGCGCCCUCAUCCAGAAAGAGGCUUUGAACCUGCGGGCUUUGAGGUACCUGGUUCUGGACUGGAACUGGAGGGACCAGAAGCUCAGAAGGAUGGUGGACAUUCCCGAGAUCAAACUUGACUUCAUGAAGCUGCUGGACAGCGGAAUCCUGACGGCUUGCAAAGAAGAGAGAGUCAAAAUAGGACUGUUUUAACCGCUUAAACAGUGGGGAUCCGCUACCCCGAUCAUCCACAUGAGGACUUAUUGUUUUACCAGGACACUCUGACCCUCCUCAGAACAUCUAGAGGGGCCUCAUCCUGUUUUCUUCCCCUUUGUACCAGCAUGAAUCCCCCCCUUUUAUAUUUUCAGACUGUGUGAAAUGCGUGGUAAGCGAACUUGGUGUUGCAGCGUGAUGGAUUGAAUAAACCGACCCAGUGCGAAACCCACAUCCCUUUUGUUUGUUUACUCUGACUUUCCCCAGCCCCUCCUCCUGACUACGUGAGGUCACGAGUGUAUACUUCCUCACCAGGAAGUUGCAUCCUUUAGAUAAAGCUUUGCGAUGCAACACAGGGAGUCCAAACCCGACGGUUCUCGCUCCUUUUUGACUUACAGCACCACUCCAAUGUGGUGAAACCUUAUUAAAAAAAAACAACGCAGAUUAGUGAAACUCUUCUGUUCAGGAAGGAAGCGGAAAAGAAGCACUAAAGAAAAUCUUGGUGACAAACUGGAGGAGUUGAGCAAAGGUUUCUUCCUGACUCCGUCCGAUGGGUAAAGAGAAGCUGAAGCCGGGGCCGCUGGCCCGGAGGCCGGACAACUCGGCCUUCAAACAGCAGCGCCUGCCGGCCUGGUCUCCCAUGCUAACCGCUAACACCGUGCUGCCUUUCUUCUACAUCAUGUCCUCCGUGUGCCUGCUGCUGGGCGUCUGGCUGCUCCUCACUGUGCAAAGCACCCACGAGCUGAAGCUGGACUACACAGAGAUGGGGGACUGCGCCCGGUGCUUUGAAAUGCGCAAAAACGUGAGCAGCGCGGCGCAGGACUGCACCUGUACGGUGGGGUUCUCCAUUGAGAAAGCAUUCAAGGGAGACGUCUUUUUCUACUACGGCCUGAGAAACUUUCACCAGAACCUGCGCAGGUACAUGGACUCCAGAGAUGACGGACAGAUGGUCGGCAGGAAAAGGAGGUUAAAGAACCCCACCUCGUAUUGUAAGCCGUUUGACAGAGAUGUGAAUGGAGUCCCCAUCGUUCCCUGUGGGGCCAUUGCCAACAGUAUCUUCAACGACUCCUUCACCCUGACGUACCUUAGUCCCAGCGGUCCUGUUGACGUUUCCCUCAUACGGAAGGGCCUCACGUGGUACACAGACAAAAACAUCAAAUACCGCAACCCAAAGACGGACAACCUGUCCCUGGCCGAGGAGUUUGAAGGUACCACGCGACCUCCCUACUGGCAGAAGCUGGUGUACCAGCUGGACCCCGCUGACCCCACCAACAACGGCUUCGUCAAUGACGAUCUGAUCGUCUGGAUGAGGGAGGCCGCGUUCCCCAACUUCAAGAAGCUCUACGGGUUUUUACAAAGAGCCGAAAAGCCUUUUACAAACGGGCUUCCGAAAGGAAACUACACCAUCCAGAUAUCCUACAACUUUCCUGUGCAGCCCUUCCAGGGCAGAAAGGAAGUGGUGCUGACCACGCUGACCUGGUUCGGAGGUCAGAACCAUUUCCUGCCCAUUGCUUACUUGGUAACCAGCAGCCUGAUCCUAGUGACGUCCGUCGUCCUGACAGUGGUUUGGUGGAAGUUUGGAAAGGGUGGGAAGAACAUGGAGGAAUAAACCGGAGGGGGGGGGGGCUGACCGCGGAGAGUUUGGAGACAACAAAUCCAAGGUGACAAGUACACUGAUUGAGUAGAAUGGCUUAAAAAGAAUGUUGAUUUAGGAUGAUUUUAACAUCCAGUGGAGAGACUCUGACAUCUGGAAUCGCCUGGAUAAUUAGAUAGUCAUUUAUUGAAGUAAAUUAAAACAGGAGGAUGAGCAACAUGUAACAUCUUUCUCCCACUUUCUGGCAAUUUCUUCACUUUUUUUAUUUCCAACUUUGAUUAUGGAGUUCUAUCGUAUUUUUCUGUCUGAUAACAUCAGACUAAGCAAUUUUGGGAAUCAUUUCAAAUCCGUAGUUUCCUGACACAGUAUGGGGAUUCUCUUUUCUCCGACCAAUUUUCCACCAUUUCAUGAAGUUUUACGAUGUCAAAAAGGAUGCAUAGGAACAGGCUACGUGAUGCGAUUUUUUUUUUUAGUUCAGGUUAUUUGACCUGAUACUAGAUAAAAAAGAAACACUGCUCUUAAGUGGAAGUAAUAAGCCUGGAAACUGGUAGAUCGUUUUUUUAUAUUUCCAUCUUUGUUGAAGGCGUUUUAGCCGACUAAUGUAAAAACAUACACACCCUGCACUGUAUUGUACCGAUUGAGAAUCUUCAAUUCCCCUUUAUAAGCAAAAUGAUUUAAACUAUGCGUUUAAUUCAUGAAUUAAAUGUUUUCUUUUGUCCGUGUGAUAAUUUUGUUUAAGUGACUUAAAAAAAAACUUUAACACAAUCCAACUUUGCAGAUUCAUCUGUAAAAAAGAAAGAAAAAAAAUGAUCAAACAAUGAAAUAAAACUGG